AAUAAAGCGGUGCAAAUGUUAUUUCUUUGACUUGUGUUUCAUAGACUAACCAGACUUUUAUUUCUCCUUUAUUAAAAUCCUGACAGUGACGUGAAGUCAGCGAUAAGGAACUACUGACGGUGUUAUAUUUUUCACAACCAACAUCGGGAUGAAUUGGUUAUGAAUUAUUGAAUUCAAGUUCAAGCAUAUAAACGUCAUUUUAAUAUUAUAAGACAAAGACGGUCGAUUUUUUUAUUUACCUUAAUUGCUUUCUAGAUUACGCAUCUUUACCACAUUAAUAUUAGCUUAAGGGUAGCUAGCUAGCUAACAACUGAAACACAGCAAUGAACAGAUAAAACACAAUAAACUUACCCAAAGAUCUUCAGCAAUCCCUUAGAUCCCGCAGGUCAGCGAGAUCAAUCCACAGCAAAAACAACUUUGUUUUCCAGUUCAGCGAAAGUCAUGAACGGACAGAAGUUUAACAUCCUCCCGGCUCCUUAAUGUUGCUAUUCAUGAAGGAACUAUGCAAGAAUGGCAGUCAAUCAAAGUAAAUCAGAAUAUAAAACCCCGUUUUUUAACCUCUAAUAACUAACGAAAAAGAAACUUUUCAGAAAAAAAGAGGCCUUGAACACAAAACAGUCAAAUAAUAACAACAUAUCACCACAGCAUACGGAUGUCAGAUACAUUCGUAAAACGUGUACUUAUUUUUUAAAGUCGGACCACUGCCCCAACUAGAAUGAAUGGGGGAGACAGAGUUUUUGACCUGAGUUGGCGACAGCCACCAGGGAGCAGUAUUUGUGGCGGCCUCAGUUCGAGCCGAGCGAGAUGACGUCCCGCAAACUAGUAGAAGUACCAGAGAAGUACCUACAACAUCUAAAGAAAAGGACACGGAAAACACUGAUUACUCUAAUUGAGCGGGAGAGCUACACCAAGUAUGGACGACAGAAAGGAGGCGGAGUUACAAAAUGCUGCCAGGCGUGUUGUUGCCUUACUUAGGACCGCAUUGGCGGAUAAAGGUGGGCCAUCUUCUCCAAAUAAUGACGUGGUUCAGGGAGAGCAGGGGGCAGUACGAAACAGGCAGCCUGCUACACAGGGACAGCAUCAGAUUGCCCCUGGCAACAGCGAGCAGGCUGGGACAAGGCAGCCUCAGGUAGCCCAGGGGCAGCAGCAGCAGAGGACCCCUGGCUUUCCUCGUACUGCAAGAAAUAGAGUGGAGCAGAAUAUGGCCAGCUCUUUCCCUAGCCUAUUCAAAUCUGGAAGAGGCUGUACACCAUCUCUGAAGAGAAAGGCUACCAAGUCCAACUCGAUACAGUUUUUUCUGUUGGACAAACGGACCGAGCGUACACCAAAGUCCUCUGAGGAAAUGAUGCUCCUCCAGGCUGGACUUGGCAGGAGGACUCUCAGUAUUCCUGAAAAUGCUGACCAUUCUGAGAUAUCUAAGUUACUCUUGGAAACAUACUCCAAAAUGGUGGAACUGGAAGGGGCCUGGAUGCUUUACAAAGCUGCUGGAGGAUCAGGCCAGCGAAAGCUCGCUGUUGUGGCACCUGAAGCGGAGGGCUACACCGGAAGCUACCUUGCUAGAGCUUCCGGGGGAAAAAGCUGUCUUUAUAUUUUGCCUAUACAAGACACUCUGGACACCAGCCCCCUACCCUACACUUCUACCGAGUUUGAGAGGAUGCCUAAAGCACGAUGUUCCAGGUGUCAUAAGAAUAUGCCUGUGCAGCUGCUGGCUCUGCAUAGCCAGGAAUGCAUGUCAGGCAGUUUUUGUGAGACAAUUGACUUAGAGCAGAAUUUGGACGUUGAUGUGGCGACAGAGGUUUAUGUGUCUCCUGGAAGAAACAGUCUUGGGAAUGUAUCUCCAGGGGUGCAGCCAUGCUUCAGCUCAACUCCAAAAGAAGACGUUAAGGUGGCCUGUCCUCUGUGCUGUCAGUUUUUCCCUAAACACUAUGUGGAAGUACAUGCCAGCACUUGCGGAGAAGGUACAAUGCGCAAGAGACGUAUGACAUUGACUCUGAAAAUGAGGAAGCCCCCUAUGCUGUGGAUGAAGAGCAACCCACAGAACCUGAGAAGCAGUGCAACAGGAUAGCAGGAGAGAUCAUUGCGGUAAGCAUCAGCCAGGGUGGUCCACCACCCAACUUUUUAAAAGAGUGGUGCUUCAAUUAUGUUGCAACUGGGGUGAUGGAAUCGGAUGCAAUUUGCAAGGAAGAUGUGACUGAUCCUGAGCUCCGGCAACUCAUGGAACAGGUUCUGUGUUUCUUCUGCUAAGAUACAGAUUUAUUUUUGCAAGAUGUUUGUAUCAUACAGUGUAGUUACUGAAUUUCCCCCUGGGGAUCAAUACAGUUAUAUCAUAUCUUAUCUUGUCUUAGUUCAUCGACACUGCUCAGACGUGUUAAAAAUUAUGCAUUUUAAAUCAGCAAAAGAUUUGCAAUAUCUUCAUCAUUGAAACUGUUUUCAAUCCAGGUGAUGAUGGCAGAACCUGACACUUUGGUGGACCUCUGUGACAAAAUUGCUGCCUGCGGAUACAAUGGUCCUGUUAGGGAGGACAGGAAAGAAACAAUAGCAAAUGCCAUUGCCUUGCACUCUGCCGUCCGAGUCAUUCCAAUGCUUGAGCAGAUCCGUUCUGGGAUGAAACUUUACGGAUUGUGUGACCUGAUCAGGCAGCAACCAGUCAUGUUCCGCCAAGUGUUUGUGCCAGGCCUCUUGGAAAAACCCGACGCUGAGUUCAUUAUGAAAUCUCUGCACCCAAAUUUCAGUGAGCUGGGCUCACUGAGACGCCAAAAGGAGACGAAACUUGUCAACUUCUUGCAGGAUUUCAUGCAGAGAUUUAGAUUAUUCAGCAGGACAGGUUGGGGUCCAGCCACUAGGAGCGCUGUUGCAGACAUUGCUGAGUAGUCUACCAGUUAACGGGAGUGAAGAAGCUGCAGCAUAAAGCCGUGUUCUAAGUCUGCAGAGGUUUUGGCGUGCGAGCUGGCUUCACCGUUGCCGCUUCGCGGUUGACUCGCCAUUCGUUUCCAGUGUGUGCAUCCAGAGAGAUAACCACACACACACACACACACAAACAACCAAAAUAAAGUGCGGUGGACUGGUCAA